CUGAGGAGGAAGAGGAAGGAGAAGAAGAAGGCCGCCCUCGGAAGAUAAUGCUCUAAAAUGUCUAAAGAAGAGGACAAGGUGAUCCCCGUGCGGGUGGCGCUGAGGUGCCGCCCGCUGCUGGCGAAGGAACGGGCCGAGGGUUGCCACAUGUGUUUGUCUUUCGUCCCCGGAGAACAGCAGGUCGUUCUAGGCAAGGACAAGCCUUUCACCUACGAUUACGUUUUCGACCCAUCUGCGGAGCAGGAAGAGGUGUUCAACACCUGCAUUGUUCCCCUCAUCAAGGGCAUUUUUAAAGGGUACAAUGCCACCGUCUUGGCCUACGGUCAGACGGGCUCUGGGAAGACGUACUCCAUGGGAGGGGCCUAUACAGCCGAGCAGGAGAACGAUCCGAGCGUCGGAGUCAUCCCCCGGGUGAUAAAAGUGCUCUUCCAAGAAAUGAAAGAGAAGACUGGCUGGCAGUUUUCCUUGAAAAUCUCCUAUUUAGAGAUCUACAACGAGGACAUUCUAGACCUCUUGUCGCCGGCCAAGGACAGGACCUCUCAAAUCAGCAUCCGCGAGGACCCCAAGGAAGGCAUAAAGAUUGUGGGGCUCACGGAACACGUGGUGACUAGUGCCCGGGAGACCGUCCUCUGCCUGGAGCAAGGGAACAACUCCCGGACGGUGGCUGCCACAGCUAUGAACACCCAGUCGUCCCGUUCUCAUGCCAUCUUCACCAUGUCCAUUGAGCAGAAAAGCAAGGAUGACGCGAACACCAGUUUUCAUUGCAAACUGCAUCUGGUCGACCUGGCUGGUUCUGAGAGGCAGAAGAAGACCAAAGCGGAAGGCGAUCGGUUACGGGAAGGGAUCAACAUUAACAAAGGGCUCCUCUGUCUGGGGAACGUCAUCAGCGCUCUUGGGGAUGAAACCAAGAAAGGCGGCUUUGUCCCUUACAGGGACUCCAAGCUGACCCGACUUUUGCAAGAUUCCUUAGGAGGCAACAGCCACACGCUGAUGAUUGCCUGUGUGAGCCCAGCGGAUUCCAACCUGGAGGAGACUCUGAAUACCCUCCGCUACGCCGACAGGGCCAGAAAGAUCAAGAACAAGCCCAUCGUGAACAUGGACCCCCAGGCUGCAGAAAUCAACCGCUUAAGGCUGCAGGUUCAAGAAUUGCAGGUUUUACUGCUUCAGGCGCAUGGAGGAACUCUUCCUGUUUCUAUUAGUGGUGAGCCCUCAGAAAAUCUGCAGUCUCUGAUGGAGAAAAACCACUCCCUCGCGGAGGAGAAUGCGAAACUUAGCCGGGGCUUGAGUGAAGCAGCCGGCCAGGUCGCCCAGAUGCUGGAAAAGAUCAUUAUGAACGAACAACAAAAUGAAAAGGUGAACACGAAACUGGAGGAGCUCCGUCAACACGCCGCGUUGAAACUUGACCUGCAAAGGCUGCAGGAGACUCUAGAGGACCAAGACCUGAAAGAGCAGGUGGCACUCUUUGGCCAGUUGCAGCAGCUGAUUGCCCAGUUGCUGAAGGAAAACCCCACUGGCGUCGCUGACAUGGACACGUCGGACCACGAGGCGAGUGUAGUUUCCGAAGGUGACCUGGAUGCCCAGCGUGCCUCUGAAGAAUAUGCUACUCAGCACGCCCUCCACCAGGCUCAGAUGUCGAAAGAGCUGCUGGAGCUCAACAAGGCGCUUGCUCUGAAGGAGGCCCUGGCUCGGAAAAUGUCUGAGAGCGACAGCCAGCUGGAGCCCAUACAGGGCCAGUACCAGACUAAUAUCAAGGGUCUAGAAGAGGAAGUUGCCAAGCUGCAGAAGGAGAAGGAGGAUCUGGUCCUUGCGCUGCAUAUGACGAAGAAGGAUGUCAGUCAAGCCAAGCUGAGUGAGCGUCGGCGGAAGCGGCUUCAGGAGCUGGAAGGGGAAAUGUCGGAUCUGAAGAAGAAGCUGAAAGAGCAGUCCAAGCUCCUGAAGAUGAAAGAAUCCACCGAGCAGACCGUCAGCAAGCUGAACCAAGAGAUCCGGGCCAUGAAGACCCAGCGUGUUCAGCUGAUUCGUCAGAUGAAAGAGGACGCUGAGAAAUUUAGGCAGUGGAAGCAGCAGAAGGACAAGGAAGUCAUCCAAUUGAAAGAGCGGGAUCGCAAGAGGCAGUAUGAACUGAUUAAACUGGAGCAAGACUUCCAGAAGCAAGCCAGCGUCCUCCGGCGGAAAGCGGAAGAGGCGGCGGCGGCUAACAAACGCUUGAAGGUUGCGCUCUUGAAACAGCAGGAAGCUGUUGAGAAGCGGAAAGAAAAUGCAAACCGUGGAAUCGAAGGAAUUGCUUCCCGUGUGAAGAACUGGCUUGCUAAUGAAAUCGAGGUCCUCAUUAGUAUAGAAGAGGCUCGGCGCCACCUCAAUGACCUCCUUGAGGACCGGAAGACCUUGGCCCAAGAGAUCACAUCCCUGAAAGAGAAGCAGGAGGCUGGGGAGAAUCUUCCUGCAAAGUAUAAGAGGCGCACGUUCUCACACAACAUGAUGGAAAUGAGCCAUUCCAUCAGCAAGCAAAUUGAGAGCCUGGAAACAGAAAUGGAGCUGAGGUAUGGGGCCGUUUUGACCUUCAGACCCCUUCCCGCUUGUGGGCUUCACGGCAACUGGUGUAGAAAGGAUGCCUGCCUCCGAUGUGAGCGCGCAGGAGAGCUAUUCUGGCCACUCACGCCAAAGCCUCGUAGGCACACGACGGCAAAGCUGUCAACGGAUAUGGCUAUGGAAGAUCUGUCGUCCGAAACCGAUACCUCGGGAGGGGAAGCAGAGGAUGCCGAGUGGGUGCCGGCCAAGCUUGCCAGAGGAAUCAAGAAGAACAUUUUGGGGUGCACCUGCAAAGGCCGCUGUGGCAACAGGCAGUGUGGCUGCCGGAAGCAGAAGCUGGCCUGCUCGGAGGACUGUCGCUGUGAGGCCGAGAAGUGCCGGAACCGGGACAACGGCGUUUUGGAGGGGACCCUCAUGGACGAGACCGUGGGAGAUCCCAAGGACAGCGCCUUCAAUCUUGAAGACCCCACUCUGGCGACCGGAGGGGACACUUUCUUUGAGCCGCCGGCUGUGGCGCCUACCAGGAAGGUCCUGGAGGAAACGGUGGACCAAGAGAACGUGGCUCCCCAAAAUAAUGGCGCCACCUCCUUCUUCAGCUCGGAGUCGGGCGAGAACCCACUGCCGGCCAUCAAGAAAAGGAGGAAGCGGGUUCUGAGCAGUACCAGCGGGUUCUUCUCUGGCUGCACCCCGAUCAAAGAGGACUUUGUGGAGGGAUACUGAGCUGGAACGAGAGAGGAACGUAGCGCUCGGAACAGAGCUAGUCCUGUAGGCCACCAAGGUCAAACCUUGGGUCAGUUUUAUAGUGUAUAGAUUUUGUUAUUGUUGAAUAAAUGAAUUUGAAGCAUAUCGAGGCACUGGUUUGCGCUCACUUAAUGAUUCUCCUUGAGCAGAACAUGCCCUCCUCACACCAUCUGUUUUCUUCAAAGGGGGUUGAGCUUGAGGAACGCAGCUUUUAGAGGGAGCGCUCUGGCUGGAACCUCUGAGAAAAUUUAGUAACAGCUAGCCCCUCCUUUAAAAAUCCAGAUUAUGAGCCAAGGGGCUAGCUUUUGUAAGGUCCUUGAAACCUCCUGUAAUUUGUACAGACUGAGUUACAAACUUCUCACAAUUUGUAUAGACAUGUGGGUGUGCGUGUUAGUAGUUGGGCAGGUUUGCUUAAUGCAUAGAGACAUUUUGAGGGUGGAAACAGCUAUGGUACAGCAUCCCAAGCAGCUCUGUACGAGAUGUGACGUGUACAUAAGAGGAAAGGCGUGGGGGAAAAACGAUAACACCUUGCUUAAAAGAAUAGUAGCCCCACUCUGAUGUUGGGAAGGAAGGAGCCUGGAAUGCUAGCCCAGCGUGCAAACCCAGUGAUAAAGCGACAGUUUUGUCAAUGAAUUGAAUGACUCUUCUGCAUCAGGUUGGGGCCUCCGUUGCAAAGCUUCACCCUCAUUCUUUGUAUCUCUGCUGACUGCGGAUGUAAUUUUGGCACAUCUUUCCUUCCCACCUCCUCUGACACGCUGACAUUUGUUGUGCCAUUACUUGAAGUGUUGAACAAGCGUUGCUCCCAUCCCACGCAGCCUCGUGCAGAUGAGGGUCCCUAGCCAUCAUCGGUUACAGGCACCUCCUACACCUCCGGGGUGUGUGUGUGUGUCCUGCAGUCCCUUUAUAUAGAAUGCUCCCUAGACAGGAGGCGGAGGAUCCUGCCACCCCUGGCAGUGAGUCAUCUUUUUCUCCCACCAAAUACAAAACCUGGGGCAACUACAAGCUUAAUUUGAGACUUAAGGUGCCGCAGAAGCCCUUCCUUGUCUUUUUUAAAUACUUUUUUCUACCCAAGCUUGUAACUUGCUAUGAGCCAAUAACUCCAAAUGCAUUUUUGGUCCUCGAGCAGCAAUCCCCGAGGUUGGGUCUCCAGAUGUUUCUGCACUACAACUCCCAGAAAUCCUAGCCAACACUGCUCAUGAGAAAGGCUUCUGGGAGUGUUAGUCCAAGAACACUGGGGUGCUCUGUACAAUAGGGAAAUAAUAUUUUAAUUGCAGUACAUUCUCCAUAAAGAGCUGAUGUUAAAGGUGGUUGUAUUUAAUUUGAUUGGCUCAUUCUUGGGACCAUCAUUCUCUGACAUGUUUAUAUUUCCUGUCCUUAAAAAUAUUCUCAUCUCAGUUUGCUCUCUAAAACGUAGUUUCUGUCUCCUGUGCCUAUUCGUUAUUUCUCUGUUCUUACGCAAAACUCAUGGAGCACUCUUACUCCUGCUGUUUCACGAGUUCUUUAUGUCCUCAUUUUUCAUGUGAAAAGCUUACUUUCAUAUGCACUGGAUUGUAAAACAUCACACUCCUAAUGAAAAUAAAUGUUUUGCUAUAUGUUUCCGUUCUAAAUUCAUUAACCGACACGGGGGUGUCUGACUGUUCUAAAUUAAAACUGAAUUUUGUCAA